AUGACUGUGAUCAAGUCAGGUGGAGCGGAGCCGCGCGGAGACGGCGGCGCGUACGAGGCGAGGCGGCGGCAGUCGCUGCGAGCGCGGUACGCGUACGGGUUCGUCUUCUUCGCCACCAACCUGCUGGCCUGGUUCGUCAGGGACUACGGGGCCAGGGCGCUCCGCGGCCUGCAUCGUGGGUUCCUCUUCCGUCUUCCCUUCCCUUCAGAAUUCAGCUCUCGCAUUUGCGGUUUGAGGGAGGUCGCGUUCUGUGCUCACCGUCACCGAUUACACCUUCAGAUGUGCCGGUCUGCGGAGCAGGGGACUUCCAAGUGCUUCCAGUCCGUAGGAGUGCUUCGGGUCAGCUUGGGCUGCUUCGUAUCCUUGAUUUCACAAGCACGGCUUGUCGAGAACGAGCUCUGGCUCGGUUGGCAUGCGGUGCAGAUAUUUUUCUGGGUGAUGUUUGCCACGACAUUUGGAACUCGCAAGCUCCAUGAAGCUCGUAAUUCGUGGCAUUCUGGAUGCUGGAUUCUGAAGUCUCUUGUGUAUUCCAUGUCGAUCGGCAUCCCAUUUAUCAUCCCUAACAUCUUCAUCCAACUUUAUGGUGAAAUUGCUCGACUGGGUGCCGGGAUAUUUCUCCUCCUCCAGCUCAUAAGCACGCUCCACUUCAUAUCAUGGUGCAAUAAACGUUGGAUGCCAGAUCCUGGAUCAAGUCAAUGUGAGCCGCAAACCGGCAAGUGCCACUCUCAUAUGAAAAUUACCAAGGAUGGUGAUUCAGCUACUAUCAUUAGCUUCAUUAUCGCAAUUUGUUCCAUUGUAAUGGCCACGUUUUCUACUGGAAUCGACACCAAAUCCUUCCAAUUUCGGAAUGAUGAAGUACAAUUGGAAGAGGACACCCUCUACAGCUAUGAGAUUUUCCACAUUGUAUUUGCAAUGGGAGCUAUGUAUUUUGCAGUGCUGUUCAUUAGCUGGGAGCUUAAUCAUCCAACACGAAAGUGGAGCAUAGAUGUUGGAUGGGCUAGUACAUGGGUGAAGAUCAUCAACGAGUGGUUCGCGGCUAGCAUAUACAGCUUUCGUUUCAUGUGGGCUACGGCCCAUGGGCUCAAACACCAUGGGCUUUAUUCAUGA